AUGACCCUAAGAAUAGAAUUGGAUAAAUAGUAAAAGAAAGACACUAUCGAAAUUUGCAAUACUCUAAUUGAGGAUAUCAAUAAAACACUACCUAUAGAGGAUGAAAGUGUUAGAAUUAUGGACUUUUUAGGCUAAGAGGAUGAUCAAUAAGAAACUGGUUAAUGGUAAGAAUAAGUGAUCAGAGGAGCAGAUAUUAAAUUAGAUUUUAAUGAUCAAGAAAUUCAAUAUAUACCCUAGAAAUAAUAAUAACGAAACUUAAUUGAAAAGGAAGAAUUUGUAGAUGAAGGCUAUCUAUAUAAGAAGGAACCAUAAUCGAAAGCCUGGGAUUAUAGAUAUAUUAGAAUUAGAAAGGGUUUAUGUAUUGGUAUAUCAAUUCCAAUUCAAGAGAGGCAUAAAACAAAUCAUCCUUCAAAAUAUGGAUGA